AAAGCCGAGCUGGCAACAAGGGAAAUGGAGGCAAGAGACGGUCCCGGCGUGUUUGAGAGGAAAGUCCGCUGGAAGGCAGCCGGGCACAGUGGAUUAUUUAUUUUAACUUUUCAUACUAUAAUGUUAAACAAAACUAAAUUAUUUUAAUUUACUUAAUUUAAGGAAUCAAACUACCGGCUCACCCAACUCAGAAGUGGCCGCAGAAGACAUUCAAGCGCUCCCGGGGGCCCGGCCCGCGGGCGGGGAGGAGCCGCCUCCAUUGGCCGGCCCCGCGGCAUCACGGGAGCUCGCGGUGCGCGGGGGUGGCGGGCUGCUUUCCACGCACCUGCACCUGCGCAGCCCUCCAAGGCGCUCUUUUGGAGGAGGGACUUCUCUUUCGGUAACCAGCUCCCUUGCGGAAAGUCUAUGUUCUCCAUAUAAACCCAGCACUUCCCUUAAUUGAGAUACGUAGGACUUCACUCCGUCCCCAGCCCGGAACCACAAGUGGGAGCACUGCGUUCCCUGAUUGACCUCUUUGGCGAUUACUUCCGCCCAGGGGCCUGGAAUACUGAAGGCCCUUCGACGGAGGACAACAAGAAAGGCACUUCCGGUGUCUGUUGCCAGGCGCGGGCCCAGUGGGCCGUAGGGGCGACAUUGUUGCCGUCGUCUUUCCCCCCAGUCCCGGGGAUGGAGAUGUCGGGACUCAGCUUUUCAGAGAUGGAGGGCUGCCGUAACCUACUUGGCCUACUGGACAACGACGAGAUCAUGGCCCUAUGCGACACCGUCACCAACCGCCUGGUGCAGCCUCAGGACCGCCAAGAUGCUGUUCAUGCAAUAUUAGUAUACAGUCAAAGUGCAGAAGAACUUCUGAGGCGUAGAAAAGUCCACCGAGAAGUUAUAUUUAGGUACUUGGCAACACAGGGGAUUAUUAUACCUCCAGCUACUGAAAAACACAAUCUUAUUCAGCAUGCAAAAGAUUACUGGCAAAAGCAACCACAACUGAAAUUGAAGGAAACGCCAGAGCCAGUUACAAAGACAGAGGACAUCCACCUAUUUCAACAGGUGAAAGAAGAUAAAAAAGCUGAAAAAGUUGAUUUUCGUCGCCUAGGAGAAGAAUUCUGUCAUUGGUUCUUUGGACUUCUUAAUUCUCAGAAUCCUUUUCUAGGACCACCUCAAGAUGAAUGGGGACCACAGCACUUCUGGCAUGAUGUGAAGCUUAGGUUUUAUUACAGCACAUCAGAACAAAAUGUUAUGGACUACCAUGGAGCAGAAAUCGUGAGCCUUCGUUUGCUGUCACUAGUAAAAGAAGAAUUUCUUUUUUUCAGCCCCAACCUAGAUUCCCAUGGACUGAAAUGUGCAUCUUCUCCUCAUGGGCUGGUUAUGGUUGGAGUUGCUGGGACUGUCCAUCGAGGAAACACUUGUUUGGGCAUUUUUGAACAAAUUUUUGGACUCAUCCGUUGCCCUUUUGUGGAGAAUACUUGGAAAAUCAAAUUUAUCAACCUGAAAAUUAUGGGAGAGAGUUCCCUUGCUCCUGGAACAUUACCGAAACCAGCUGUUAAAUUAGAACAAAGUGAUCUAGAGGCCUUUUAUAAUGUAAUCACUUUAUGUGGUACCAGCGAAGUACGACAUAAUGUAAAGCAGGCUUUGGAUAGUGGAACUGGGGACCAAGUUUGAUGUAGUGGAAGUGAGACAUUGCUGGACAAAAGAGAACUGGGUUUACCUGACCCUCUAAAGUGCUAAGUACUGACAGCCUGAAAAAAAUCUUCUAUACAGAAACUCUUCCAAAUACUAUAUCAGUAAUGUCUGAAUGAUUUCAGAUGUGAAAAUUGACAUAUUUUAGUUGAAAUACCUUUCUGGACUACAGACUUACAUAUCAUGUGAAUACUUAACCUAUUUCUACCGAGUUGCAGCAAAUACUCUGAAAGCUUAGUACAAAUAAAUCCGACUUUAGAUCUUACAGCUAACUGUGUGCCUUAGAAACCAGGUAAUAUUUUCCUUUUACUUAGUGAAUAUUCUGCUAAUAUCUGCACUUUUCGUGUGGGAAAGGAUUAAUAAUGGUCCAGGCUUCCCCUCUUUAAGAUUCUUGUUUACUUUUGUCUAACUCUGGGUAAUUGUAUUUUACAAAUCCAUCUCACUGUAGUAUAUUUUUAAAACUAUUAAAUAUUUUAGAGUUGUUUAAUGUAAACUCAAAGUUCUCAUUUUAGAAAAUUUAAAUAACAUUCUUUUUGCAAAAAAGUCCAAUAAUUUAACAGUUGAAGAAAAACUUACUACCUCUUUAAAUAUUUGAGAAACAUUUUUCAAAGUUAUCAGCUGUAGUCCAAGCUAAAUGUCCUUUGUAAUCUGCAACAUUUUCCUUACUGUUUUUGGGCAGUGAUAAAUGCUGUUCUCGAAACAGACUUUAUUCUUACCUAGGCUUCAGCCAACAGUUUUAUAAAGCAGUUACUGUAAUACAAUACAAAGGAAAUACACUGUUGCAAUUUUAAAGGUAUGCCCAGUUCCUAACUUUUAAACGAAUUACUGUUCUUCCUCUUGGCUGAUCUUGGCAGAGGUGACAAACCCCAAAACAACCCCAUGCAUUUAUAAUGUGUGUAUACACAUAUACAUAAGUAUACAUAUACUCCCACAUUAUAACUUAGAAUGUUUAGUUUUUUACCUGUUACUAGGUUUGAGUUACAUGGUUGAGUUGCCAAAUUAUUUACAUGCUUUGAAGUUUAAAUUCUUCAUCACCUAGCAACUGUUUGCUGAUCAUGGAUUUACUUAGUUACUGUAAUUUAUAAAGGUAUCAUUUGGAAAAAAACUCAAUUGGAAAAUGUGAUGACGUAUUGUACAUGUUACUUUUUCCUUUGCUAUAAUCAUCUAGGGAGACUGAUAAGAAUUUUGGAAAUGGGAGGCUGAAAACUCAUCUUUUUUUGUUUUUUUAAUGCUAUGCCUCUUACGAGGAAUACGAAUUGGUAUGUCCUAAAAUAAGAACUUAAUAAAGGAGGGAAAUCCCUUUUGUCUGUUAUAA